AUGUCGAGACCACGGCCCCAGUGGCAGCUGCAAGCAAUUGCAGCUCGAAAACGAGACAAUGAACUUCGUAAGGCUGACGAGCUAAGAAAAGUUGCUUCUUACUUUGAAAAGAAUACCCAUAAGUCAAGGCAUCAUGAGAACUGGACAACAGAAGAUUAUUACGAAAAAGCGAAGAAAGAAGCUGAUAUGUUGAGUGAAAAAAAGAUUCGCGCUGUACAAUUAGAAGAAAGGCGAAAGAAGUUAGAGUUAAUGUUAUUUCAAGAGAAUAUGCAGUAUCAACAAGAGAUUAAGGCAUUGGCAGCACAACCCAAGUUUUAUAAAAAUGGAUCUUACCUAAACAAAGUUCCUACAUCAACCCUGCAAGAAAUCAACCAAGGUAUCAUAGAAAAAGAGGAACAUUUGAGACGGCAAGAAGCUGAAUUAAAGUUACAUCAUGCAUGGCGACUUCGUCAGCCGGAAUUGAAAGCAGCCUGCUCUUAUAUUGCUAAUGGAAAACUUAAAUCGGCUUGGUUGGAGCAAAUAGUAGAAAAAGAAAUGCAAAAGAAGAAGGAUGAAGAAGAGACUCGUAAGAUCCUUCAAGAAAGAGACGAGGCCCUACAAAAGCAAAUACUGAUAGAAGAAGAUAGACUUAAAGAGAAAGAGCUAAAAAUGAGGGAGCUCAGAAGUAGCCUAGAGGGCCAAAUAUCGGAGUUGAGUGAGAAAGAGACAGCUGUGAAAAAACUUCGUAAAAUGGAGGAGCGAGAGAGAAUGGUAUUAGAAGAGCUACAGUUCAUUUCGAAGGAAAGAGAAAGAGAGCACGCGAAACUGGUGGCAGAAAGAGACGCAAAUAUUGUGAAUAUGGGUUUGCACAAAUUUAAGUUGAAGAAGAAAGUUGCAUCCGUUUUGAAUGAAAUUAGUUUGGAUUUGAAAAUGUUGCAGAAGGUCAAAGAAGCUGUUGUGAAAGACUAUGAAUCUGAAAAAGAGAAACAAAUAAGUUAUAAACGACUACUGGACGCGACACUACUUGAGUUAGAAGAGCACAGAGAGAGGGACCGACAGAGACAGAAGAACAUUGAGACGAUGUAUGACGGUGAAGCGAGACAGCUUAAUGAGAAACAAGAUAAGAUAUGGGCGAAAGAACGCGAAGCACGUGGUAUUCUUAUGAAUGAAGUUAUUGCUACGUUAAAAAAGCAAGUACAAGAGAAGAUCCAGUUGAAUAUAGAACAGCAGAGGGCGAAUGUUCUCGAUCGGGAGAAGAUUCUAGAACAUAUGGACAGCUUCCACCAGGAAGUCAGAUCUCGGGAGAGGGAUACUCAGUUAAAAAACUCAUCAUAUUCAUCAAUAAACGCGCUUCAAUCGCAAUUGAAUAGCCUGAAAGUACAAAAAGAGAAGAUAGAUGCAGUAGCACAAAGGGAGUCGGAAAUAAAAGAGGCGAUUUUCAACGAAAGAAGUGUUCGACAAGAGAUUGCGCGAGCGCAGAGGGCAGGGAAUACCCAGGCUUGGGCUUAA